AUGUCAGCACUGAUUAGAUCUCAGAUCACAAAAAACACACGCGCAAAGUAUUUUUGCGAUAAGUGUCUGGAUGGAUUUGGACGAAAGGAUCUUUUAAAGGAACACCUGGAAAUGUGUCUGAAGGAGAAUGAAAAAGGUGUGGGUAAGUUUCCUGAUAAGGGAUCCGUCUGUGAGUUUGAAGGAGUAAGGAAAAUGCAGAUUCAUCCGUACGUAAUCAAUGCGGAUACGGAAUCUUUUUUGAAGAAAAAAGAAAAGGUCGGAAGAAUUAACAGGAAGAAAUUAAAAGGUUCGGGUAGGAAACAUUUACACGAUCACGUGAUGAAUUCCUAUUGUUUUCAUACUGUAAGUACGAACGAAGAUAGAAUGAAGUCGGAAACGGUUCAGAAAACGUCGGUUCACGAAUUACAAUGCAUAUCGGAUAGGUUUGUAGACGAUCUUGUUGCAAAGGUACGCGAAUUUUUUCGGAACACCAACGAUCCACUUCCCAUGGAGGAAAUGACCGAGGACUUGAAAAAAUCUCAUCUAUCGGAGACGAGAUGUUACGUAUGUAAUUCUGAGUUUACCGAGGAAAAUUUAAAGGUACGAGAUCAUUGUCAUUUUACGGGAAAAUAUCGCGGGGCUGCAUGUAACGCAUGUAAUCUUGAAAUGACAGCACCAACAUUCGUUCCGGUUUAUUUUCAUAAUCUCGAGGGAUACGAUGCACAUUUAAUUAUUCGGGCACUUGCGAGAAUUCCGGGUAGGUUUAAAAAUAUUUCAAAAACGGAACAGAAUUACAUUUCUUUUUCAAAGAUGAUUUGGAUGGGUCCGUUUACGGAUAAGGAAACCGAGGAAGAAUAUAAUAAGCAGGUGGAAAUUCGGUUCCUGGAUUCGUGUAAGUUGAUGCAAUCAUCGUUAGCAAAACUAGCCAGCGGAUUGAAAAAAGAGACGGAUUUUAUUCAGUUGGAUCGAUACUGUGAUGAAAUGGGAUAUACGAAGAUUCAGCGGGAUUUAUUAAAACAGAAGGGAGUUUAUCCUUACGAGUACAUGGACGACCACGAAAAGUUUGACAUGAGUCGUCUUCCACCAAAAAGAUUUUUCUACAACGGAUUAAAAAUGGAAGAUGUUACGGACGAGGAAUACGAACGCGCUAAAAAGUAUGGAAGACGUUCGGAAUGGAAAGCAUGCUGGAUUAUCAUAAUUUAUAUCUCGUAACGGACAUGUUAAUUUUAUCGGACGUGAUCGAAAACUUUCGGAAGGAAAGUCGCGAAACGUACGGGCUUGAUUCACCGUGGUAUUACACGGCUCCGGGGCUUUCGUGGGAUGCAGCAUUAAAAAAGACCAGAAUUAAAUUAGAGUUGAUUACCGACCCUCGAAUGUAUAGAUUUAUAGAAAAUGGAAUUCGUGGUGGAAUAAGUACGUCGAUAAUGCGAUACGGAACGGCCGACAAUAAAUAUGUUGAUAUUUCGGAAAUUCCCGAAGGUAUCAUAAAUUUAAUGCGUGACCUAAAUUUAAAAAUCAGAAAGGAUCCAACCGAUAUUCGCGAAAAGGUUUUAGAAUUCGAGAAUGAUGUUUGUAAAUUUUUAUGGGAUUAUAGUCAGGAGGACGACGAUAAAAUUAUGAGAUACAUCGAAAAGAAUCUGACGCGAUGGGUAGCAUGUCUUAGCGAUCAUGGAAAGGAGGAUGAUUCCGUAUUCAUUCCGUACCUGGACGCAAACGGUUUGUAUUCUUACGUCAUGACACAACCGUUACCCUACGCCGACUUUGAAUGGAUGUCGGAAGAAGAAAAGGAAAAAUGGGAUAGUCUUCCGGAAGGGAAAGGAUGUUUUUUAGAAGUGGACCUGGAAUAUCCGAAGGAACUUCACGAUCUUCAUAGUGACUGUCCACUUGCUCCGGAAAGGAUACUAACGGAAAGCGGCGGUAUGAAACUGGCACCGAAUUUAUACGAUAAGAAAAGGUAUAUUCUCCACGUGAAAAAUUUAAAAUUUAAUUUGGAGCACGGUUUGAAAUUAUUGGAAAUUCAUAAUGGCGUUAUGUUUUCGGAACGAUCAUGGUUAGCCGAAUACAUUCACAUGAAUAUUGAACUUAAAACGCAAUCCAGAUCGUCGGAAUGGUUUCAUUACGUGCAAAAUUGUAUGCUUAUAAAUUGGAAAAUGGUAAGGAGGGAAAAAGGGCAAAGGGAAUUAAAAAAGCAACGAUUAAAAAAACGUUGCGAUACGAUGAUUUUAAAGAUUGUCUUUUCACGGGAGAAAAACAACAACGUGAAAUGGAUGUGAUCCGAAGUUACGAUCAUUAUAUUCGUACGGAAAGGAUUACAAAAGUAGCGUUAUCAUCCGACGACGAUAAGCGUCAUAUUUGUAAGGACGGAAUUCACACGCUAGCACAUGGACAUAAGUAUAUCAGGUACUAGUCUUGGUAACAACUUUCAACAGAAUUUAAGAUUGAUCCGAAAGAUCUUACAAGUAAAAUCUAAGUAAAUUUACGUCCGUCCUACAAUUCCUCGCAAGUAAAUUUUAAACAAAGUUCAACAAAAUUAAAGUAUUUUCUUUCCAUACAAUAAAGCAAAUGACAGAAGUAAAUCCAGAAUCCGUUCCGGUGACCGAACCGGAAAAAGUGAAAGAUCCACGUCGAGUCAAAGCGGGGAAAAAGUUGGGAGCGAUGAGUCAGGAAUACAAGAAAGCAAAAAAAGAAAGGUUGGAAAAAAAUCUAGGAGCGGAAGUUCGUGGAGAAUGUAUGACGGAAGGUAGAUGGAUUUCCAUCGAAAGAUUAUGUAUGAUAUUUGGAUUAGGAAUCGGGCUGGGAUCGUUGUAUUUAACGUGGAAAAGUCAUGAUGAUAAAAAACCUGCGAAACAAGAAAUUAUCUACGAGAAUAACAACGAUGUAGAAAAGGAUCCGCCAAAAGAACCUUUCGACGACUUGUUUGAUUAA